AUGGAUCAAAAAGUGACAAUUCUUGUUGCGCCUCUAUUAAAGAAUAGCAGUUGUGAAAAUGCGAAUUCGUCAACAUUUCUCUCAAAUUUGGGUGCUUUGGACGUUAUACAGGCAUUUUUUAUAAUGACGUUAACAUUAGCUAUCGUAGGAGCAAAUUUAGUUGUUAUAAUUGUUAUCAACUGCAGGCGUUAUGCAUCCUUUAUACACCCACAACCACGAUAUUUGAUAACAUCAUUGGCGCUAAACGAUUUAGCAAUAGGUCUUUUAAUAACACCUUUUGGAACAAUACCUGCCUUGUUACAUUGUUGGCCUUAUGGAGAAAUCUUUUGUCAAAUACAGGCACUGUUGCGUGGUGCAUUGGCACAACAAAGCGCUGUCAUUCUCGUUUGCAUGGCCGUCGAUCGUUAUACUUGCGCAUUAUAUCCACAAAAAUAUCAUCAGCAUUCAAGUAAAAAGCUUCUUUCAGUAAUCUCUUGGUUAAACCCUUUAAAAAUUCAUUAUGUGCAACACUUUUCUUUAAUAAAUAUUUUUCAGGGUUGUGUAGCAAUUCUCAGCGUAACAUGGAUUUUAUGUCUCACGUUUUAUGGAGUACUUGUGUUACCGAAAGGAUAUUAUUACAAUGCUACAGGUUUGUUGGCUUGCGAGCCAUUUUUCAGCAAACCUUCUUACCGAAUUUUAGCAUCUUGCGCAUUCUACUUUCCUACGACAAUGGUUUUGAUGUAUUGCUACGGUUCGAGCUUCCAUGCGAAUCGAUUUCGCUUGGCGUCAAGUGCAUCGUCGUCAUUUGCGACGCCUGCUGCUAUAACCGAAAAGAUGGUCGAGCAUGAAAGAGUCUUAAGAGGAUCAACUUCGAGGACGAUGGCCGCAAUUUCAUUAGGUUUCAUCGUUAUUGUCACACCCUACACGAUUCAAGAAGUUGUUGCUGCAUGCACAGGCUCAAAGAUUCCACCGAGUAUAGAUUUUGCUGUCACAUGGUUUGCACUCAGUAAUGGUUUUUGGAAUCCAUUUUUGUAUUGGCUUUUAAAUGCUCAUUUCCGCAGUAUUUCGCAUGACAUGAUAACGUCAAAGUGCUUUCGACGCAAACCUGGCACAGGAAAAGAUUUCAAAUCGCAUUGCUGUAGUUUGAGUUUAGAAUGUGACCAUGAGAUUCCAUUGCCGCCUCUUCCGAAAAUGAGUAGCACGAGUCGCCCAUCGACUAUAACAGGCAAUUCUCAUGGUGCGACUUUCAAUGACUUUGAUGGAUUGUCAGAAAAGUAUUGGGGCGAGAUUUUGGAGAGAACGUUCAGCUCAAAUAGCUUGCAUGCACUUCAGCAUCAUCAUCAACAUCAACAGAAGCAGCAGCAUCAACAACAUAAUCACAAUCAUCAUAUGAUGCACAAUGACAAACAUCAUUUCAGUAACAAUACAGCAUUCAGUGAUAUUAAUUUAAAUAGAAGUGAAACAAAUUUAUAUUAUUCGAAUUCCGAGCCGCAUCUUGAAUGCGAGCACGACUUACAUGAUAUCAAUUGCGCCAAAAAUAAGGCGUUCUUCGGUGCAUUUAACAAAAACGAGGACAUUUAGUAUAACGAAAUCGUUGGGAUGGAUUUUUCAUGUGAAAUACUUUUAAUGAGAUUUUUUGUUUUCCUUUCCUUUUGUUUUUAUUAAAAACAUUCUGAAAGCAGUUUCAAGUACUUCGGAUGCUCAUCAGCCAUGGCGUGUAAAAUGUUUAUUUUAUAUAAUAAUGUAAAUAGAUAUUUAACGCACAUUCAACAACAUACUGACUCACAAAAACGUUCUUUUCAUGCUAGUUAGUUAAGAAGAAGAUUUCAUUUUGAUGCGUGGGUGAGUGAAAAUGGUUGUAAUGGGAAAACUGUUGAAUAAAUUUAAUGUUUUAUGAAAUUCCAAGC